GAGAGCAUAGUGUACGCGCGAUCUACUUCGCGGCUGUCGACAUUGUCGAAGCCCCAACCCUUUCCAUCUUUGUUAUCAUCGAAACCCGUAUAAGCUUCUACCUCACCAUUCUCGUUUCCAACCCACUUUUUCCCAUUUCAUUUCUAUUCUAUUUCUGGAUUUCCGGAAACUCUGCUUUUUAACUUCUCAAAUUCACAUUGCCGUUCUCUGUCACAAAAAUAUCUCGAUUCUCUUCUGCGAGAUACUAUUUCCUGAAGAUGGCGGCAGCAGCUUCUAACCUUCAGAUAGCAACACUAAGAUACUGCCAAUUGCAGUCUAGGAAAGGCUUGAAGCCAUGUGGAACAACUGUUAGCAGCAGUUCUAAAGCAUCAUCAUGGGCUAAGCUUUCGAGUUCUAGCAACAUAUCAUCAUCGCCAUUUUUCUACCGGAAGUUUGUCUCGUCUUCUGGUAAAAAUGAGAAAACUGUAACCAAAGCAAUGGCUGAAGCUAGUGAUAGUAAGCCUGUCUCUGGGCUGUCAAUUGAUCUACGAGGCAAGAGAGCAUUUAUCGCUGGUGUAGCUGAUGAUAAUGGAUAUGGGUGGGCAAUUGCAAAAUCUCUUGCUGCGGCUGGUGCUGAAAUUCUCGUCGGCACAUGGGUGCCUGCCUUGAACAUUUUUGAAUCCAGCUUCAGACGUGGAAAGUUCGAUGAAUCACGAGUACUGCCUGAUGGUUCUCUUAUGGAGAUCACAAAAGUAUACCCUCUCGAUGCAGUUUUCGACAGCCCUGAAGAUGUUCCUGAAGAUAUAAAAACAAAUAAACGGUAUGCCGGAUCCUCAAAUUGGACUGUAAAGGAAGUUGCUGAGUCUGUGAAGCAAGACUUUGGCAGCAUUGAUAUUCUUGUGCAUUCCCUUGCUAAUGGACCGGAGGUAACAAAACCACUGUUGGAGACAUCUCGGAAUGGUUAUCUAGCAGCUUUAUCCGCAUCAAGCUACUCUUAUAUAUCUCUACUGAAGCAUUUUGUUCCAAUUAUUAAUCCAGGUGGUUCUUCAUUAUCCCUCACGUACAUAGCAUCUGAAAGGAUCAUUCCAGGGUAUGGAGGUGGCAUGAGUUCUGCCAAAGCUGCGUUGGAGAGUGAUACACGAGUACUUGCUUUUGAAGCUGGAAGAAAGCACAAAAUCAGAGUGAACACGAUAUCUGCUGGCCCACUAAGAAGUCGAGCUGCAAAAGCAAUUGGGUUUAUUGACAUGAUGAUUGACUACUCAUCAGUCAAUGCACCUUUGCAGAAAGAAUUAUCUGCUGAGGAGGUGGGGAACGCCGCUGCCUUCUUGGCAUCACCUCUGGCUUCUGCCAUUACCGGAGCUGUUAUUUAUGUUGAUAAUGGUUUGAAUGCGAUGGGCGUGGGAGUCGAUAGCCCAAUGUUUAAGGAUCUAGAUAUUCCAACGGACAAGCAUUAGAUUUGCUUGCAGAUUGGUUUGCUGAUGUUGGUCUUGCCAACCCUCAGAAAGUUAGCCUAGAGAGUUGUUCCCCUAGCUAGUUCAGUACUCAUUUUUCCUAUUGGAUGGAAUUGUUGCUAAUUUUGAAUUUUUGUUACUAAUUAUGCUCAUUGUAUUCACCACGGAAGUUCAAAAUCUUCUACAUCUGGGUGCAGGCAUUGCUGUAGUACGUUACGUAUGAGAGUAAUACUUCCUCGACAUUGCGAUGAUUGAUUAGAAACACUUCAUUCAGACUGAUUUGGC